AUGUCCCAGAACACAACUUACAAGAUCGCCGCCAUCCCCGGCGAUGGCAUAGGCGUUGACAUAACAGAGGCCGCCAUCCAGGUCCUGGACACCAUUGCGUCAACAAAUGGCUCCUUCAAAUUUGAGUACACCACAUUCGACUGGAGCUCAAAGAAGUACCUCGAGCGAGGCUGGUACAUGCAAGACGACUGGGAGGCCCAACUCAAGAAACACGAUGCCAUCUACUUUGGUGCUGUUGGGUGGCCAGAUGUGCCCGAUCAUAUCAGUUUGUGGCAGAUGAUAUUGCCCAUCCGACAGCGCAUGAACCAGUAUGUCAAUGUGAGGCCGACGAGGAUUCUAAAGGGCACACACCCUCCACUGGCCCAGCUACAGCAGAAGCCCUCGGAUCUCGACUGGAUCAUCGUCCGUGAAAACAGCGAAGGCGAAUAUGCAGGUCAAGGAGGCACAACCCACGGCCACACGUCUCACGCCACCGCCACCGAAGUAGCUAUCUUCACACAUGUGGGCAUUGAGCGGAUCAUGAGAUUUGCUUUUGAGACGGCGAAGUCCAGACCCAGGAAGAAGUUGACGAUGGUGACGAAAAGUAAUGCCCAGAGACAUGGGAUGGUGUUGUGGGAUAAGGUGUUUUACGAAGUGGCGAAGGACUAUGAGGGUGUUGUCGAGUACGACAAGAUGCUGGUUGAUGCGAUGACUGUGCGGAUGGUGAACAAGCCGGAGAGCCUGGAUACUGUGGUUGCUACGAAUCUCCACGCGGACAUCCUCUCCGACCUUGCCGCCGCCCUCGCAGGCUCCAUCGGCAUCGCGCCCUCCUCCAAUUUGGACCCCACUCGUUCAUGCCCAAGCAUGUUCGAGCCGAUCCAUGGAUCUGCGCCUGAUAUAGCAGGCAAGGGUAUCGCGAAUCCUGUAGGAGCUUUCUGGUCCGCGGCCGAGAUGGUGAGGUGGUUGGGCAAGGGCGAGCUAGAUAAGGUGGCGGAUCAGUUCAUGCAAGCUAUCGAGAAUGUGACGGCAAACAAGGAGACCAGGACGAGGGAUAUGGCUGGGAGUGCUAAUACGAAAGCAGUCACAGAGGCGGUUUGUCGGGAGAUAGAGAAGGUGUGCAAAGCGUAG